AUCAUGUCGGACGCCCCACCGCAGCCUGAAAAUGAGCAAGAAUGCAUGUGCACUCAAGAUAAAGUUCUUCAGUUUUUAAACAAAAUGGCUGAUGAAAGUGGAAUCAAAGAUUUGACGGACCCGGCUCUUGCAGAAUUUCUUUCCGAUAGUGAUGCGCUGAAAGAAAUUAGAGACUUGUUCCAUUAUCCGAAAGCCGGAACUCUUCCAGAUGCUGAUCCAAGCCUUGUUGAUCCAGAGAGUGAUAGCAUUUAUCUAUGCGGAAACUCACUCGGAUUGAUGCCAAAAGCAACCGGCGAAGUCAUGAAAGAUCAUUUGGACAAAUGGGCCAAAAUGGGAGUAUUCGGGCAUAUGUCUGGAGAAGUUCCAUGGGCUCAUUGUGAUGAGUACUGCUUAGAAGGUGUGGGACGUCUUGUUGGUGCCAAGAAAGAGGAAGUUUCCGUGUGCAAUAGUUUAACUGUUAAUAUCCACGUGCUCUUGACUUCCUUCUACAAACCCACGGAGACUCGUCAUAAAAUCCUUCUCGAAUCCAAAGCAUUCCCAUCCGAUCAUUAUGCAAUUGAAUCUCAGAUUCGUUUGAAGGGAAGAACUGUUCAGGACAGUAUGGUUUGUCUUGAACCACGAGAGGGAGAGGAAACUCUUCGCACAGAAGACAUCCUUGAUUAUAUUGAGAAAAAUGGAGAUGAGAUUGCAAUCGUGUUUUUCUCGGGAAUCCAGUACUAUACCGGACAGCUUUUUGACAUGAGGGCUAUUACUGAAGCGGGACAUCGAAAGGGAUGCUUUGUUGGCUUCGAUUUGGCCCAUGCUUUCGCAAACGUUCCCCUUCAUCUUCACUGGUGGGAUGUUGACUUUGCCUGUUGGUGCUCGUAUAAGUACGGAUGUACAGGAGCUGGAUCAAUUGGUGGUCUUUUUGUCCAUGAAAGAUUUUUGAAUGACCAACGGGAGCGUAUGUUGGGAUGGUGGAGUCAUAAAAUGUCAUCGAGAUUUGUCAUGGACAAUGUUCUCGACUUGGACGAGGGAGCUGCUGGUUACAGAAUCAGUAACCCUCCAAUUCAUACCGUCGCUGCUAUGCUGGGAAGUUUGAAGGUUUUCGAUCAAGUCUCACUUGAAAACCUUCGUAGUCGUUCAUGCUAUUUGACCGGGUACCUGGAGUACUUAGUGAAAACUUUGUUCGGUGAAAACUCUGAGCAAAGAACUACUAAGCUCUCAAUUUCUAUCAUCACUCCAGAAGAGUUCCAUCAGCGUGGUUGCCAACUUUCUCUGAAAUUCUCUUCUCCAAUCGACAUUAUUUAUCCUGAGCUUGUUAAACGCGGAUGUGCGGUUGACAAAAGAUACCCGAAUGUAAUCCGUGUCGCUCCAGUUCAUCUUUACAAUAACUACGUGGAUAUUCGCAGAUUCAUUUCCGUGCUCCAAGAAGUUGCUCAUAUUGUCGAAAGCGAAUAAUUCAAUUGGCUCGCAAUGUAGUAGAAUAAUGUUGAACGUAUUGUAUGAGUUUUAUAUGAAAAAAAUGAUCUGAAUGU